AUGAUGCCCAUUCCACUGCCCCCUCGAACACCCACUCCACCCCCUGACGAGCCCUCAUCACCGCGCAAACAACCACCCAUCUUCGAUCCUAGCGCACCGUUUGAUCCUCACGCACUCUCACCGCAUCAUCUGGAACCGGACUACAUGGCGGCGUCCGCUAAUUAUCUGUCCGGGGCAACGCCUGAGAAGCCGGCCACCGCAGGAAUGGGCAACGUCACUGAGAGAGGACCUUUUAAUUUCCAGACGUCUACAUUGGCCAAGUCGCCAGUCGCAAAAUCAAAUAUCGGGCAGAGACGUGGGCACAAAUACAAACACAGCAGUGUGUCGCAUCAAAUCUUCCUAGAACCUCCUCCUCGAGCACCCCAAGCCCUCCCGACCUCCCUCCCAAUCCCUACAUUUGCAGAAUGCCGAGCUAGCAUGACGACGGAUCAAAAGAUACGGUUUUAUUGGAGCAUCUGCCACAUGAUGGUGGCGGGCUACACGGCGUGGAAUUCGCAUAGUUCGGCUGCGGUGGAGGCACUGUCACACUUGAUCUUUUAUGAUUCCCUGGGGGCACUAUUGUGUGUCUUUGUCGAAGUGUUAUCCAACUUCGAAGUAUGGGGACGGUCGAGUGUGCGACAUCCGUUCGGUCUGCAGCGAAUGGAGGUCAUUGCCGGGUUCGCGUUGUCGGUGCUCUUGAUCUUCUUCGGCUUUGAUCUGAUUUCCCACAAUGCCAAACACGCAUUGGAAGGAGUGGGACACGAGCCGCAUCACCCGCAUUCGCAUGAGCGAGUGACGACUGGGACAGUGGACGUGGCAGCGGUGUUGGCGAUUGUGUCAACAUUGGUGUCGGCGGUAGGGCUACAGAACCACGCCCGGAUCGGCAAAGCCAUGCGAUUUGCGGCCAUGGAGAACCUCCCAUCGAUCCUGAGCAAUCCGUCACACUUACUGACGUUGUCCUGUUCCGGCACCAUCCUGAUGCUGCCGCUUCUCUCGUUGCACACGUAUGAGUGGGUAGAUAAAGUCCUCUCGUUGAGUAUUGCCUUGAGCAUGCUGAUCUUGGGAGUGCAGCUGGGACGGAACGUGGGAGCAAUGUUGCUCAUGUCACUGCCCUCCAAAUCGGCCAACGUGGACGAGGUGUUGAGCGCGAUUGAAGCGGAGCCGAUGGUGAGGAGCAUCGAGCAGGCCAAGUUCUGGCAGGCACACUAUGGGAUGGGGAUGGUGAACCUGAGGUUGAGAGUGGCAGGGAGCGAAGACAGCCUGGUCAAAUUGAGGGAGAGAAUUACCAGCAUGAUCCGGAACCGGUUGAGUGGAGGAUAUGGACUGGGGAGCAGUGGACAAAAGUGGGAAGUGAGCGUGCAGUUCAAGGUGGACCAAGAGAGUGCGGUGUCUGCGAGCCAUAGCCAUUUUAUCUCUGCGCCGGGAUGGGUGACAUAG